AGAUUUUAUCUCUUCUUUGGGGCAGGUUUGGAGCUGGAUCUGUGUCGCCUGGUGUACGGGCAGCAUCUGGUGAAAGAAACGCUCGUGGACACUAUCAGAGACUUUACAGAGAACCCGAGCCCCAGAAAACCCCUGGUGCUGUCCUUCCAUGGCUGGUCAGGGACUGGGAAGAGCUACGUGACUUCGUUGCUGGUGAAGAGUCUGCACAGGGAUGGAAUGAAGAGCCGGAUGAUCUGAAACGCUGGAUCACGGGGAACCUGAGUGAGUGCGGUAGAUCGGUGUUUAUAUUUGACGAGAUGGAUAAAAUGCACCCGGGUUUGAUCGAUGCUAUCAAGCCUUUCCUUGGCAACAGCCACGUUAUGUUUGGAACGAAUUAUCGGAAAGCGAUGUUCAUUUUUGUAAGCAAUGCAGGAGGUGAUCAGAUCAACCAGCUGGUGCUAGAUUUCUGGAAGGAUCGAAAGGACAGGGAAGAUAUCAAAUUGGCCGACUUGGAAUCCAAACUGUCUGCAGCGGUUUUUAACAGCCAAAGCAGCGGAUUCUGGAACUCCGACAUUAUAAACGAGGAGUUAGUCGACCGCUUCGUGCCUUUCCUGCCACUGAAACGCAAACACGUGGGGGAGUGCGUGCGGAGCGAGCUGCUAUCCCGGGGGCUGAGUUUGGGUCUGGGAGGCGAUCUCAUCGAGGAGGUGGUCAACGCCAUGAGCUACUUCCCUGAGGAACACAAGUUGUUUUCCAAGACGGGCUGUAAAACAGUGGCGGCCAAACUGGACUUUUAUUUGUAAACGUGAAACGACCGUUCCCAUGAGCGAGUUUCGUACGUGUCGAAAUGCAAUAGUGGUUUUGUUUGGAGCGCGGGCUGGCGGGAGGAAGAGCGAGAGAGGGAGAGAGAGAGAGAGAGAGGGAGAGUGAGUGAGGAAGAGAAAGUGGGGGUUUGAGUAGGGAGUGAGGGACCCAACCAAACUGACGGUAACUUGAAACGGGGAAGAAACAACAUCUUUCUCGCACCGUGUCUUUGUAAUAUGAAUUUUUUUAUAAAUAGUGAUUUGUAAAUCUUUAUAAAUAUCGUUUCAUAAAUAUAUGGCAAAUGGCAA